AUGGAUGCAUUGGCUACAGUAGGUAGAUUGGAUAUGGUAUACUUGUUGCAUAGUCUUGGCGCCAAGCCAACGACAAUGGCCUUGGAUCAUGCUGCCGCACUACCAAUCCUUCAAUUCUUGUUCGACAAGUAUGACUUGAGAUGCACCGCACAGGCCAUCGACUGGGCCGCAGAGAAUGGUCGACUUGACAUUGUCAAGUAUCUUCACAACACUCGCACAGAGGGAUGCUCGACCAAGGCAAUGGACAUGGCUGCAGCCAACGGCUACCUUGAGGUCGUUGAGUACCUUCACAACACCAGAACAGAAGGAUGCACCAAGUUCGCCAUUGACGUGGCCGCGCGAAACGGACACUUGGACAUCGUACGCUACUUGAUGGACUACAGGACAGAAGGUUGUACAACCGACGCAAUGGACUUGGCUGCACACAAUGGACACAUGUCAAUCGUUGAGUUGUUGCAUCGAUCGGGCAAGGCAGGCUGCACGACCGAUGCGAUUGAUCGCGCCUCAUUGGUUGGACACACGUCUAUCGUGGAGUUUCUGCAUUACAACAGGACGGAGGGAUGUACUGGCAUCGCAAUGAACAAGGCCGCGUCUCAAGGCCACCUCUCAGUCGUCCAGUUCCUCAAUGACAAUCGCUCAGAGGGAUGCUCGACCCAGGCAAUGGACUGGGCUGCAGCGAAUGGUGACCUGGAAAUGGUGGAGUACUUGCAUCACAAUCGAACAGAGGGCUGCACGACCGAUGCUAUGGACUCUGCCGCGUCGUUGGGACAUCUGCAUAUUGUGCAGUUCCUCGAUCAGCAUCGCACGGAAGGCUGCACGACCGAUGCGAUGAUCCGGGCAGCUCAAUACAACCAUCUAUCAAUCCUGCGCUACUUACACGAGCACCGCACUGAAGGCUGCAUGACCAUGGCGAUGGAUAUCGCGGCGGAGCAAGGACAUCUGCCCAUUGUCCAAUUCCUGCACAUCAAUCGCACAGAGGGAUGCACUCUGGCAGCGAUGGACAAGGCGGCGGCCAUGGGACAUCUUGACGUCGUGAAGUUCCUCCACAUCAAUCGCACGGAAGGAUGCUCAACCCGAGCUGUGGACAGGGCUGCUAGUAAUGGUCACCUUCCCGUCGUUCAAUUCCUCCUCCAGAAUCGCACUGAGGGUGGCACACGCUAUGCUCUAAUGAACGCGGAUAGGAAUCAGCAUGGCGAAGUAGUGCAGUACUUGCAUCAAAAUGGAGAUGGUGUCAAGUAG